UGUGGUGGUAGUAAUGAGAGGUCCCUAGCCCCUUUUUCCUCCUCCCGCCUUUCGGAUUAUUAUCGAGGAGAGGAAAUCUAGCCUGGCUCCCCUGGCCAGCCAGACAUCCAUUAAGGCCCCACCUGCUGCUGUUGCUUCGCCUCGGUGGGCGCUUCCCUCCUUCGCGAGGGAGGAGACAGCCUCGUCUCCAUCACGUAGGGAAAACAAAUGCUGCCGCGACCGCCCUAUCCCAUUUGCCCUGACAAGCGGCUGGCUUUCCGCCUUCCUCGCGCCGGUAUUAUGAAGAUGCACUUCAGCAUCCCUCUCUCCGAAGAGCUGCUGGAGAAGUUUGGCGGCCGCUAUGUGCUGUACUCUGUGUAUCUGGAAGGCUUCCUUUUCUGCAAGGUGCGUUACAGUCAAUUGCACUACUGGAAUGAACAGUUAAGGCGGAUCUUUGGGAGAGGCAUGCCUUCAUUCCCUCCGAAAUUCUACCUUGCAAUGACUAAGUCAAUGGCUGAUGAAAGGAGAGCUCAGCUAGAACAGUAUCUACAGAAUGUGUCAGUUGAUCCAAGUAUUACGAACAGUGAUGUCUUUAUUAAUUUCUUCAGGAAAUUACAGCAGGAUACAUUUAAAAUCCAAACCCAACAAGCUUUUCUGGAUGUUUACCUUGCUGAUGGAAGGUAUCUCAGAAUUGAUAUUCAGACAUCAGAUACUGCUGAAAGAGUGCUAGAGGUUGUAUCAUACAAGAUUGAGCUUUCAAGAGAACUAAUAGGGUACUUCAGCUUAUUUCUUUUUCAAGAUCACAACGGGGAGCUGUCUGUAUUGAAAAAACUGGCAGAAUUUGAACUUCCCUAUGUGAGUCUUUGGAGUAUGAAGGAAAUGCCUUGUAAGAUUGGGAUCAGAAAGUGGUACAUGGACCCUUCUCUUGAUAAAAUGCUUAUGGAUUGUAGAGCUUCAGUGAACUUGCUUUAUAUCCAGGUUUUACAGGAAAUAGAGAAGAACUGGAUCAAGCCUAGUGAUGGACAGAUGCAGAAGCUUCAAAUGCUACAAAAAGCACCGAACAAAAUUAAGUUUUUAGAGUUGGUUCAGGAGGUUCAGCACUAUGGAUACAUACAGCUUGCUCCUUGCUCCUGUGACUACCCUGAAGCAGGCUGUACUGCCGCUAUUUGUGUAGGAAAUAAUGAGAUUAGCUGCUGCAUAAAGUUGCCUAGUAACCAGAUCAAAGAGGUCAGCUUCAAGAUCAACAGGGUGAGGUGCUGGCAGGUCACAUUUCUAGGAUCUGUUACAGGCCAAGACCUUGACCAGUUCUUGGAGCUCAGGUUUGAGUACAACGAUUCCAACAUGUGGAGAUGGAUUGUCUUUAACACAAAGCAGGCGUUUCUCUUAAGCAGUUGCCUAAAAAAGAUAAUAUCGGAGCAGCUGAUGACAGCAACCCAAGAUGAUCAAGAAAUGCAGAUUGAACUUCCUGAACCAGAUAAAGCUAAGAAACCAAGCAUCCAGCUAAGUCAGAUAUUUCAUUCUGGUUUUAAGCCAAGAAAAAGGAUGUCGGCAAGUAGACCAAGUGAGGAUGAUUGUGUGUUUGAAAACAUAAGUGAAGAUGAUCUGUGAUCAGCUCUUCAGUUGUUGCUUACGGGUUUUUGCAAACUACCAUUACAGUUGUCCUGUUUAAUAGCAGUCUACAUUUUCUAACUCUUAUAGAACAAUUUUGUUCUUGAAGUUUUAAAAACAUCAGCCAUCCAGGGAAUCAGAAUUUGCUAUAACAAGUCUAUAAAUAUUUUGCACUUAUACAUUAUUUUAUUUAAAAAAUGUAAUGGACCUUUAAAUAUGGAAAACAAAGGCAUCACUUUGGCAUCUGAAAUGUUUACCAUUGUUCUGUUCCAUGGGAUACAAACUUUCCCCAUCAAUCUUUAACCUCAUGAUAAAUUAGUGCCACUGAAUCUGUGGCAAGGUCUUCCUAUGUACAAAGUGUGGCAUGUCAUUAUGCUCUCAAGCUCCCUGUACUUGUUUAAAUGCAGAUUUCCAUCCAACAUGUGUUUGUUUGUCCCCUCCACCUCACCUGCAUCCCAUCUUUGCACUGACCACUGGAAUAAUUGCCCUCAGGACUGUUAUGAAAGCUCAAGUUUUAAUUAUUCCAACAUAAUACAAUUUUUGUCUCUUGUUGUUAACCUGUUAUGUUUUGUAUAAGGUUUUAUUAAAAAAAAUUAUGCAAGGUGGAAA